AUGGAGAAGGAGAAGGAGGAGAGGGGCGAAGAUACUGAAGAUCGGGAACAGCUAACGGGGAGUGGCGAGUGGCCCAAGGGCCACCCUUUGCCUCUUCCCUCAUGGGGUAGCCCAAAAUUGGCACUCAGUGUGCCAAAUGUGGAACAGUAUGAGGACCUUGCCUCAAACGUUGAAUUGACUGUACAGCAGCUACUUCAGGCACAUAACUACAACAGUGUUGGCAACCUGCUCAGGUUCUAUGAAGCGUUCCGUGCAAGUGGGGAGUCCAACUUGGUUCAUUUCUACCGCAGUUACUUGCCACCAGUUACACCUGAGCAUUACACCUGUGUUGGGUUGGCACUUGAAUUAUUGCGACGAUUAUCCAACCUUGAAACCAAGUUUCCUGGGCUUACCAGUCGAUUGUAUUUGGCCUCUUGUGAAGAAUCAAUUGAGGAUGUAGAUGGUUACAUCAGAGAGGAACCAUGCAAGACAUCUGUAGAGAAGGAGCAUGUGCUCGUAGCACUGCGUGUGGAGGUGGCAGGAAGGCCAGGGAUAUUGCUACUGGAUCCUGGUUAUCAUAUAGCAAGAGCUGUAACAGUCAUGGCUGACAACCUGUAUCCUCAUACAGGUUGGUUUACGCAGUCAGAUGAACCUCACUGCCGCAAAGAAUAUCAGUACACACUAACUGCAGACGGUAAUUACAUAAUAUGGCGAGACCGUGAAACUCGCAGUGGACUAGAAUCCAUUUCCAUAGCUGCUGUGUACGUGGGGUGUCCCUUUUUGUGUCCAGUAACUGUAACUGAACGUCGAAAUCUUGUAUACAACUUCAGAAGUUUGCUUUCGAGGGACACCAAAGGACAUCUGGUCGCAGGAAUCUAUUUCAAGAUAACUGAUAAUGCUAGAGUGGUAAUGGAUAAUGGUUCAUUUAGUUUCACGGCUUUCUAUCAAAUAGGUUGCAAUACAAAGCGCUUAAAAGUGGAUUUCAACAGAUACCUUGACAUGCAGCAGAAGUCUUCCAAUGAUACCAGGAUUGACACUGCCAUUGCUAUCUGUGGCCAGCAGUUAGGGUUACCACCGGGGCAAUUAGAAGCAAUAGUGACCAGUCUGGCGACACUUCUAGCAGAUGAUAGUUUCCGAGAGCAGUUGCUGGGGAUAAACCAGGAUAUUAAUGAUGUUGCAUGCGAUAACUAGGUGGAGCUGCACCGGUGCCCAGCCACGGUACCGGUGCCGUAUCAGGGAAACACAACCUUGUGGGAAUACAUAAUUUUGUGUUUGCUUUUUGCUUCUUUUAUAUUUGGUGUAUUGUGUUCCAUAGUUUUAUAAUUAUUACCAUGCAAGUUUUGCGUGAUUAUUUGUUUGUUUUUUUUUAUUCUGUUUCCUGUGGACUUCCUUGAAACAGCCUUUGAGAGUUAUACUAAUUGUAUGAACUAUGAUAUUCACUGGGAAAAUGCUAUAUUUUAACAUUUAGUCUUGUCUAAGAUUCACCUGUGGAAAAGAAUAAUGUAUAACAUCCAAGAUGCAGACUAGAAAUGCAAUAUAAGAUUUGGGGUUUUCAUGGCGGUGACUACGAAGAAAGCAUUCUUCUGGGAUGUGGCACCGUGUAGAUGAGGUGUUAACCGACGUUUCGGAGGAACGUAUCGCCUCCAUCUCCAUGGUAGGAGGAGGACUUCAAGGAGAGGGCACUUGACUUUGCCCCACACAAGCCCCGCUGCUGAUUUCGCUACGUGGAUGACACCUUCGUCAUCUGGCCACACGGGUCCAGCAAGCUUAAGGACUUCCUCAGCCACCUAAACAGUAUCCACCAUUGCAUUCAGUUCUCAAUGGAGACUGAAACUGAGGGCCACCUGCCCUUCCUGGAUAUAGAUAUUUACAGGAGACCCGACGGUUCUCUAGGCCAUAGAGUGUACCGCAAAUCCACCCAUACA